AUGGGACAGAGCCAGUCCCUCGACUUGCCGGAUACGGGCAUCGACAACGUGCAGAUUCGAAGACGCGAACGCGAUGAAAUGCGCACAACCCGACGCAAGCGGCCCGAGGCCAAGAGGCGACCCGACGCUUUCAUGAAGCACACAGAGGCGCCGAACCACAUUCGACCGAUUCGCGAGAUCGGACGCGAGAGAGAAAAGGACGAAGGCGGCUUCGAGGGUACGUUCGAAAUCGCCGACCUCGUGAAGAAGAAGAAGCCGAUAGAAGACACGGAAGAUUACAAGGUAGACGUCCCGCUGAAAGAGCUGCCGGUGUACGAACGGUCCGAAUCGGAGACUUCCUCGUCAGACGAAGAUCGUGGCCAGUAUCACUUUGAAGUUUCAACUCUGCAAAAAGACGAGCCUCUCUCUGUCACAGACCCAGAGGCUCAUCCCGUGAUUGUCGAGGGCGAAUGUGCAGUGGGAAAGGAACUGCGGGUUCGGGACCAGUCUCCGCUCGCCCUCGACUUUCCGGUCUUCCGCGUCGAGUGGUAUCUCGGGGCGCACAUUGGCGAUGCGCAGUGCUUCAGCGUUCACCACUCGCGCGAAGGAAGCGCGUCGCUGCCGUUCAGGGUUCCUGAAGAGGCGGUCGGCAAAUACAUCCUCGCGAAAGCCUACCGGAAUGUAGAGGAUCAACUGCACGAGACGCAGCUGGCGAGCACGAAGGCUGGAGUCUACGAUCCACACAUUGGCGGCCCGCGGCACACCGACUACCUCCCUCCGCGUGGCGUUACGCGGGUCUGCUCGACGGCCGUGUCUGGACCGGCUUUGAUUUCCGAUGCUUGCGCGUACGUGCUGUUGAAGUGUCUCGCUCGGGGGGCGUUCACGUGCGCCGUGAAGCUGCGAGACUUCCACAAACACGACAGCUACGGCGAGGCGUUUGUCCCGCUCCAAGGGAGUCGCGCGCUGGGGAAGAGUGAAAAGAAGCUGCCGGCGACGCUUUUCGUCGACAACGCGGGACUUUUCCAGCUCAGGUAUCGCCCCGCUGACGUGCUGGAACUGACGGGAGAAGCCGCCAGCGGUCUCGGCAUCCUCGGCCUCGACUUGGCCGGAUUGCUCGGCUCGCCGUUUGGCGACGGGGAGGGAAGCGACAGGCGGGGCGCGGGGCGACGCGCGCAGGGCGUGUGGGGCGAUGAGGCGGAGUCCGACGGACCGGCGCCGCCGCUGAAGGUCGAGGAACUCGAGAAAUUCUCCACGUAUCUCGACAAGGUGUCCGUGCGGCCUUCGGAGAACCCAAACACGAUCAUUGUGGCUCUAGAGUGGCGCGCGACGGACGGGGCGAAAGCGGGGAAACAAGACUUUCUGCGCUUCGACGUGGACCCAGCUGUAGGCAGAGACAAUGCUCUCUACGUGAUCAUCGGCUUUCAGGCUGCGGAGGCUGCCAAGCGCUUCAAUCAAAAAGAAUGGGAACGCUUCGCACAACACGGGGACCUACAAGAAGCAAAGACCCUGAUUCAAAACUACCUCGAAGCGAUCACGAGGAAGACAGAGGAGACGCGCCCCGCGUUUGAGAGGAUGCCCACGACACCGUGGUCCAUUCUCAACGCGCCGCAACGGCUCACCUAG